UUACCCUCGCAUCCAUAUUAACAACACAAACCAAUAUUUCAAACAAGAAGAUAUAUGGACAGCUCUACUGGGUUCAUGACAGUCUUUGCCGUCUCCGGAAGCGUGGUGCUCCUUGUGGCUCAGUUGCACAAACGUCUCCUCUCCUAUCACAUGGAGAAGCUUGAACUUCAACUUGAUAUGAAGAAUAAGGAGAAGAAGAAGAAAAAGAAAAAGGUGAGUUUUGCAGAGGACGUGAUGGAGCCGUCAGGGAACAACGUAGAGUAUCGCCGGAAAAAUCGGAAAUCAAAAUUGGAGGAUGGAAGAAGAAGAAUCCAACGAACGAGUCAAGUUUUGUAACAUAGUCAACUUUCA